CUAAACCCAGCCCCACCUGCCUAGUCUUUCUCCCCGCCCCUUCCUUCCUGUCCCACUGGUUAAACCUCUCCCCCCAGUGGCUAUACUUCAAAAACCCACUAACCAGAGAUGGGGACAGAACCCGCAGAGCAGGUCUCCUGGGGCCCCUACUCCGGGGAAGAUGAGACUGCGUACUUGGAGUGGUCCUUGCCAGAGCUCUGUCACAAGGAGGACGUGCAGGCCUUCAGCCGUGCCUUCCAGCCCAGUGUCACACUCAUAGUGGCUGCUCUGGGCUUGGCGGGCAAUGGGCUGGUUCUGGCCACCCACCUGGCAGCCCAGAAGGUUGCCUGCUCGCCAACCUCUGCCCACCUGCUCCAGCUGGCCCUGGCCGACCUUCUGCUGGCCCUGACCCUGCCUUUCGCUGCUGCAGGGUCUCUGUGGGGCUGGAGCCUGGGGAGUAUCGCUUGCCAGCUCAUCUCGGGCCUGUACUCGGCCUCCUUCCACGCCGGCUUUCUCUUCCUCGCCUGCAUCAGCGCCGACCGUUACGUGGCCAUCGCGCGGGCCCUGCCCGCCAGAUCCAGGCCCUCCUCACCCCGCGGGGCACACUGGGUCACGGGCAUCGUGUGGCUGCUGUCCCUGCUCCUGGCGCUGCCCGCUCUCCUGUACAGCCAGGACAGCCGGAGGGAAGGCCAGCGGCGCUGCCGCCUCAUCUUCCCCGAGGGCCUGACGCAGGCGGUGAAGGGGGCGAGCGCGGUGGCGCAGGUGGCCCUGGGCUUCGCGCUGCCGCUGGGCGUCAUGGUCGCCUGCUACGCGCUCCUGGGCCGCACGCUGCUGGCCGCCAGGGGGCCCGAGCGCCGGCGCGCGCUGCGGGUCGUCGUGGCGCUGGUGGCGGCCUUCGUGGUGCUGCAGCUGCCGUACAGCCUCGCCCUGCUCCUGGACACGGCCGACCUCCUGGCGGCGCGGGAGCGGAGCUGCACGGCCAGCAAGCGCAAGGACCUGGCGCUGCUGGUGACCGGGGGCCUGGCCCUCGCCCGCUGCGGCCUCAACCCCGUGCUCUACGCCUUCCUGGGCCUGCGCUUCCGCCAGGAUCUGCGGCGGCUGCUGCGGGGAGGGGGCGGCCGCCGGGGGUCUCACUCGGGCGGCCGCUGCCCCCGCCGGCCCCGCCUCUCUUCCUGCUCGGCUGCCACCGAGACCCACAGUGUCUCCUUCACGGACAACUAGGGCCGCGAAUCCAGAGGAGGGGGCGGGCCGAGGAAGU